AUGACCCGACCUACGGCCGCCCUGGGAGUCUUUCUCUUCAUUUGGCCCUUUAUUUCCUCUGGCUUCAAGUUCAGCCCAUUGAGCGACCACAACCUGGUUCCCGGCCAAGUAAUCACGCUGAACUGGACGCCUUCUGGCACUGGGCAAAUAGGCCUAGAGAUAAUCAGAGUGAACAAUGAGCACAGCGCUGAAUCUAUAGUAGACAACACCAACAACACAGGCACGUGGCGUUGGAGAGUGUCAAAAGCUCUACGUGUCGAUACCGAAUACUUUAUUCAGAUUUUUAGCUACCAUGAUUACGGAACCUCUGAUACGUUUUGGAUCAAUGACCCGCCAAAUUCCAGGUCCGACUCUACGUCUUUGGCAUCCGCUACGACAGAUGGACCGUCAGAAUCGACGACGAUGCUAACAUCGACACUAACCACGUUGACAACGGCGGUAUCAGCUGCAGGAUAUAUCCCUACUACGACAACAGCAAUUCCAACAGCUACGUCACCGACGUCCUCAUCUCCCGAUGCAGUUUAUAACGGGCUAUCAUCUUCGAGGCGAACGGCCCUUGCCAUCUGUCUCGCGCUCGGCCUCCCGCUCACUUGCAUCGGCUUACUAUUUCGAUACUAUGCCUGGCGCUAUCCGCGGCGACCAGAAACGGAAGAGAGAGCAGCUCCUACAUUUUUCCAGUGGCUGAUCCGGCGUGACCACUUGCCACCAGGGCCAGAGAACCCUACCGAUACCACUAGAGAAAAGCGGGCCAGCGAAUAUACCGUCCAUAGCACGGCGGUAUCUCAAGGCAUUAGAAGCUCGCUGGCUACGCAGGAUACUAGCAUGUGGCACUACAAACCGGAACUUCCAGGAUCUGACCCGACGCGCGAGUCGAGCACACAGUUUCUUGCGCCGGUGGAAUUACCCGCAUGGGGCCCAGAUGAGUUGGAUCCCUCAGGCAAGUCAGAAACCGAGGGGCAGAGAGAAAUACAUGAAAAGAGUGGCGAGGAGGGAGCUACGCAGAGCCAUACCAAAGUGGAGUAA